CGCACGGCAGCAUUUCGAAAUGUGGCGCCAUCGCAUCCUCCAACAGACAUCUCGUCGGGGUAUCAGCAAGAAAGCUAAAGGAGAUGAAGGAGCACGUCAGGGUCCAAGUGGAGCCCUGCCAGCCUCAGCGGAUGUGGUAGUGAUUGGCGGUGGUUCGGCGGGCUGUCAUACCCUCUAUCACCUGGCGCGACGUGGUGUCAAUGCUGUGCUCCUGGAACGUGCCCAACUUACUGCCGGAACCACCUGGCACACAGCCGGUUUAUUGUGGCGCCUGCGCCCCAACGAUGUGGAUAUCCAGCUGCUGGCAAAUUCACGUCAAAUGCUCCGGCAAUUGGAGGCGGAAACCGAACUAGAUCCGGGUUGGAUUCAAAAUGGUGGUAUAUUUAUUGCCCACAAUCAAACGCGACUGGAUGAGUAUCGUAGACUGGCCACUGUCGGAUCAGCUUUGGGUAUCGAAAACCAAGUAUUGAGUCCCGAAGACACUCAAAAGUUAUUCCCCCUCCUGGAUCCCUCCGCCUUUGUAGGAGCUCUUUAUUCUCCGGGAGAUGGUGUCAUGGAUCCAGCGAUGCUGUGUGCUGCACUCAAGAAAGCAGCCACCAAUCUGGGAGCUCAAGUAAUCGAGAAUUGUGGCGUUGAUGAUCUACUGUUGGAGCAAAUUUCAAGCGGUAGGAAAGUAGUGGGUGUGUCAACACCAUUUGGGGAUAUCAAAGCAGAAAAGAUUGUGAAUGCCACUGGGGUGUGGGGUCGGGAUCUGGUGGCCAAGCACGGUACUCAUCUGCCCAUGGUGCCAAUGAAACAUGCCUAUAUUGUUUCUGAAUCCAUUCCGGGAGUGAGGGGUUUGCCCAACAUUAGAGAUCACGAUUACUCCACCUACUUCCGCAUCCAAGGAGACGCCAUUUGCAUGGGUGGCUAUGAGCCGAAUCCAAUACUUCUGGAACCCGUUGCUAAGGAUUUCCAUUUCGGAUUGUACGAACUAGACUGGUCCGUAUUCGAGGCUCACAUCGAAGGUGCCCAAAAACUGUGUCCCAGUUAUGCGAAGUACGGAGUGAAGAGCACAGUUUGCGGACCCGAAUCGUUUACACCCGAUCACAAGCCGUUAAUGGGACCAGAUCCAAACAUAGAUGGACUUUACCACAAUUGUGGCUUCAAUUCAGCGGGAAUGAUGUUUGGAGGUGGUUGCGGAGAGCAGACUGCGUUGUGGGUAAUCCAAGGCCAACCGGAUUUGCCCAUGUUCGGCUUUGAUCUGAGAAGAUUCACCCAGGAGCAGGGCAAAGCAAACCAGUGGAUUAGAGAGAAGUCCCAUGAGAGCUAUGUAAAGAACUACAGCAUGGUUUUUAAAUACGAUCAACCUUUGGCGGGCCGUGAUUUCCAAAAAGAUCCUCUUCAUGAUGAGAUGAUACAGGCAGGAGCAGUAAUGGAGGAGAAACAAGGUUGGGAAAGGCCUGGUUUCUUUUUGCCUUCCGGCUCUAAAAAGGCGGUUGUUCAACCCUAUGACUGGUAUGGAAGCUAUGGACACCAAAGAAACCAGGACAGCGAAUACGAGAGGGUUCUGGAGGGCGAUCUUCACUACAGUAGAUUCUCGGAGCACCACGAUCUGAUUGGGUCAGAGGCUUUGGCUUGUCGUAAUAACGCCGUGGUCUUCAAUAUGAGUUACUUCGCCAAGCUCCUUUUGGAAGGACCACAGGCGCAGGAGGCCGCUGACUGGCUCUUCUCGGCCAACACCAAAAAGGAUCCAAGCAAAACUGUCUAUACUUGCGCUCUAAAUGACGCAGGCGGAGUAGAGGCCGAUGUGACCAUUUCCCGUCUUGCGGCAGGCUCCGGAAAGGUCUACGAUCCGAAGUUCACUGGUCAAGGAUUCUAUAUAGUGGCUGGUGGCGCGUCUGCUUUUUACACGUACAGCUCUCUGCAGGCAGAGAUCCGUAGGAAGGGAUUUAAUGCUACCCUCAAAGAUAUAACUGCCGAAUUAGGUGUAAUUUCCAUUCAAGGACCAAACAGCCGGAAGAUCCUUCAGCCACUCAUCGACUGCGACCUGUCUGAUGAACAGGUGCCACCAAAUAGUACUCGUUUGGCUAAGUUCGGAGAGGAGGGUAUCCGCCUGCUCCGAGUAAGCUUUGUGGGUGAGCUUGGCUACGAGCUCCAUGUGCCUAAAAAGGAUUGUGUCACCGUCUAUCAAAAUUUGAUGAAGGCUGGUGCAGGACAGGAGUUACGCAAUGCGGGCUACCGAUCGCUGUAUUCCCUUAGCAGCGAAAAAGGUUACCAUCUAUGGAGCUUUGAUCUGCGACCGGAUGACACGCCUCUCGAAGCUGGCUUGGGAUUCACUUGUCGCAAAUCCGGAGCUGAUUAUCGUGGCAAGGCAGCCAUCGAGAAACAACGAUCUGAGGGCUUAAAGAAGCGACUGAUUUAUUUGACACUUCAAGAUCAGGUGCCCAUCUGGGGUCUCGAGGGUGUCUACCGAAAUGGCGAACCCGUGGGCAUCCUGCGACGAGCUGAAUAUGCGUAUACCUUAGGAAAAUCCCUGGGACAGGCAUACAUUUCCCGGCCAGAUGGACAAAUUAUCGAUGCUGAUUAUAUAAAGGAAGGGGAGUAUGAGGUGGACAUAUUGGGCAAGAAAUACCGCGCCGACUGCCACUUGCGCAGCCCAUUCGAUCCCACCGGCCAACGGGUUCUCGGUAACUAUGCAUCUGAGUCCAAACCCAAUAAAUAAAGAAGAGCCUUAUGC